AUGUCCGUUCCUGUUAUUUUACCAAACAGAACGAUCGUAAUCAGCCCCGGAAUCCAAAACAACUUCGAUUUGCCUUAUAAUUUAACCAAUUUUCAAGUGGUAACUUACGCAAGAUCGAACCAAGGCUUCGAUAUAUCUCGAGAUACAAUGUAUGGAUACAUCAUAGGGAUACUUGAAAAUGUUGGAUUAAACGGAGAAGAAUGUUUGUUAAGAUCGAUUUGUGAGGUAUCUCGGACCCCGUUUCAUAUCGAAGAUCAAGAAAGUGUUUUAGAACGGAUUGCGCAUCAUAUUUUGACACCGUCGAUCGAGUACAAAAACGUUUCUGUGUUAAAUGAAUUCGAUCCAACUUUAAAUUUCCAAGAUAAGCUUUUAUUAGCAGAGGAAAUUGGAAGGAUGGGGAAAAAGUGUGCGAGUGUUUACACUGGAUGUUUACUUUCAAUAGUUGAUUUGUUUUCGUCGCUAUUUUUAUAA